AAUUUAUUUGUUUAUUUGCUUGUGUGGUGUUGUGUUUUACCAUGUUUUGCAAAGUAAACAAUUAUGGAUGUUGAAAUACGACGUGAGCGGCAUAAGAGUUUGCCUAGAAAUGGAAGAUCAGAAUAUUCCAUUGCAAAACUGAGAUGGAAAAUGCUUGCAAAGGCUUUGCAAGAAGGCAGAGUGCAAGAGUCUAUAUCAUUCCCUUGCUCUGUAAGGCAGUUUUCUACAUUUGGUUUGAUCCCAAUGAUUUCUAUGAAUGACCAAGAAAAUGACAAUGUUCAAGGGAGAUGGUUCCAAGUAUCAUGUUUAGAGGAACCAAGAUUAAAAUUAAAGAUAAGACUGUUGUCCAACAAAAUAACAUCUGAAGAAUUAAAGGGUUUUGACAACACAGGAAAUAUAUGCAUAUGGCCAUCUGAGGAAGUUUUAACCUACUAUUGUAUGAAAAAUAAGGAACUUUUUGGCGGGAAAAGUGUAUGUGAAUUAGGAGGAGGCAUGUCAUGUUUGAGUGGCUUAGCGGUUGCUGCAACUGCUGGAGCAAAAGAAGUAUUUCUUACCGAUGGCAAUAUUCGCUGUGUAGAAAAUGUGCAAUGUAACAUUGAGCAAAAUUCGGAAUACUUUGGAGCUACUCAUGUACUUAGUAGGUUGUUGAGGUGGGGCAUCGAUGAUGAUCUAACAGAUUGCAGGACUAGAUUCGAUGUUGUACUUUGUGCUGACUGUCUUUAUUAUGACGAAGGAAGACAACCAUUAUCAUCUACAAUUUGGAAAAUUUUGAAAGAUAAUGGCUUAGCUGUAAUUUUGGCUCCGACUCGAGGAAGAACAUUUCAGCAAUUUGUGGAUCUAGUGCAGAAAAAAUUUCAUGUAGAGCGUUUAAUGGCUUACGAUACUCAUGUAUGGGAAUUGAAUUGCAGACUUAAAGACUCCAAAUCCAGUAUCUAUGAUGAAGAUCUUCAUUACCCUCAGAUGUUAAUACUGCGAAAAGUUUAGUUAAGAAGAAAAAGCUUCCAAAAAGGAUGUUUGUUCAAAUCAACUUAGCAAACAAAAUUCAUCCUUCAUUUCAAUGUGUAGCGCUGUAUAUUAUCAUCCAAAUAGAGAUGUGUCUGAUUCGUCCAUAUUCAAGAUGGCACAUUAAUAGAAUUUCAUCAAAAAAGUAUUGCAUAUGAAACAUAAAUCUUGUAAAGUAAAUGUACAGACGUAAAAUAUUUAUUUAUAAAAUUGUAAAUAUCUUUUAAGAUGUUACUUUUAUUUGUUUUAAGUAUGUUUAAAACUGUUAUUAAGGGAUUUUUUCUCUCCAAAUGUAUACUGGUUGCUGAUUCUUUACAGAGAUUGAGAAAGACAUUUAUUUCUUUAAAAUAUUUU